ACACUUCCAAAAUUACGCAAUUUGAUUGGCCUGACAACUAAAUGCAAUAAGGGGUUUGGUUUUUACAUCAUUAUACGCACACUUUCUCACAUUUAGUGCUCAGUAGCUUGUAGUUUAACGGAAAUGUCAGUCUGAGAUUCCCAUCGGGCUAAAAGGAGUAUUUUUGGUAUAAACUUACCAAUUCACACUGUUUUUGGAGGGUGAAACGUACCUACGUUGUCCAUCCUUCUGAUCGAGUAUUUUUGUGGUACUUGCCGUAGUGUGUGAGAGUUUAAAAAACUUACCUGAUUAAGUCCGAUAAACAAUAAAAUGUAAAUAAAUAAAUAGUUGUUAGGAAAUGCGCAACUUAAACGAAUCCUGAAUACUUGCCUAACUUUGUUUAUAUCGGUGUCCUAAAACUUACUAUUUAACUUUUUUAAUCAAAAAUAAAGUUUUGUAUGUCUUGAGUUUAGUGUUUAGUUUUAAAGAAAAUCAAAGCUUGAAUUAAACAAAAGAAUUAGUGAAACGAAACAAUUAAUAGUUUGUGAUAACUGAUAGGUACAUCUUAUUUACACUUUUUACCCUUGGCCAUUGCAAUCACAGUCCUGUAUAGCAAACAAAUUGCUGGAAACAUUAAAACCAUGAUUUAGAUAACAUUGUCUCAUUAUUUUGGAACCCAUGCAGUUAAAACAAAAUCCUUUACUUAGAAGAAGAGGGUAGAGGGAUACUAAAAUGACAUUUAAGAUAUUUCGUAGAGGAUCAGCUAGAUGUAUCGGUCUGCUUUCAGCUUUCGUCACAAUAUUAAUUUGCCUCUACUACAUAUCGAUUGGCCAACAUUCAGUAGAUCAACAAAAAAACUUAAGAUUAGUUGGUCAACUUGAAAUAAAUCGAAGUAAUGGAAAACAACGGCAAGAGAGACGGCAACCGCAAACAAUUGUACAUGGAAAUUCAUAUACCAAAGGAGAACCAAAUUCGCAUAUGGAUAAGAGAAAAUCAUCAACAUCACUGUUCAACAAAUGUUAUUCUUUAUAUGAACAAGAAACUAAUAUAACUGCUUUCAAUGAAUACUCCCAAUUUGAUUUUCAACCUGAAUGGAUACGAACGAAAGAAUAUUGGGAUAAGUCAUUCGAGGAGCGUUAUGAGCAACAAAAGCAAGAUAAAUUGCGUCAGCCCUUAAAAAUAAUCAUUGUUCCACAUUCCCAUAAUGAUCCUGGUUGGCUCAAAACAUUUGUGAAUUACUUUCAAUCAGACUCCCGUCAAAUUUUGAAUUUGGUAAUAACCAAAAUGCAGGAAUAUACUGACAUGACGUUCAUAUGGUCUGAAAUAAGUUUUUUGCAACUUUGGUGGGAUCAGGCUCAUCCAACUAAACAACGAGCUUUGAAACGUUUGAUAAAAUCUGGACGUUUUGAGAUAACUACUGGUGGUUGGGUAAUGACAGAUGAAGCAAACGUGCAUUUAUUUCCAAUGUUAGAUCAAUUGAUAGAAGGUCACCAAUGGCUACGAAUAAAUCUUAAUGUUACACCCACAGUGGGAUGGUCCAUUGAUCCAUUCGGGCAUGGAAGUACCGUGCCGUACCUUCUUUCAGAAAGUGAAUUUGAAGGUACAAUCAUACAAAGAAUCCAUUACGCGUGGAAGCAGUGGUUUGCAAAACACCAGAGUGGUGAUUUUCUAUGGGUUCCAUAUUGGAGUUCGAUUAAGGAUUACACAGAGAAAAAUCCAAUGCCAAAGCAUAGUUUGCUUACUCACAACAUGCCGUUUGACAUUUAUUCAAUUAAGCACUCAUGUGGACCACAUCCUUUUAUAUGCUUGAAUUUUGACUUCCGUAAAAUUCCUGGAGAAUAUACGGAAUAUUCUAUUAAAGCUCAAUUUAUAACAGAUGAAAAUGUAGAAGAAAAGGCUCAACUCUUAUUGGAGCAGUACUCACGAACUGCAUCAUUGUUUCCUCAUAAUGUGGCGCUUAUUCCGGUUGGUGACGAUUUUCGCUACAACAAAGAACGAGAAGUCGAUCAGCAAUACAGAAACUAUAAAAAACUGAUCGAUCACAUUAAUACUAAUAAAGAAAUUUACAACGUGGAUAUUGCGUUUGGCACACCAAAAGAUUAUUUUCGUGAAAUAAAAAAACGCUCUGAAAAAUUCCCCACUUUUAAGGGUGAUUUCUUUGUGUAUUCAGACAUAUUUUCUGAAGGUCGUCCAGCUUACUGGUCAGGAUACUUUACCACUCGUCCAUUUUAUAAGAUUCUGAGCACAGAUUUGGAACACAAUUUGCGAGCUGCUGAAAUAUUAUUUACAAUUGCUUACAAUACAGCUCGCCAGUACAAACACGAGAAUGCUAUUAAGGUUUUCGAGAAAAAUUAUGAAAAAAUGAUUCUCUCUCGAAGAAAUCUUGGUUUAUUUCAACAUCAUGAUGCUAUUACAGGGACUUCAAAAUCUGCCGUAAUGCGGGACUAUGGAUUGCGUUUAUUUGAAAGUAUACAAGAUGUUGUAAAAAUGCAAGAAUCAACAAUUGAACUUUUACUACAAAACGACACAUCAAACCACAAUUUUCUUUUAAGUGAAUUGGAACGAGACAAUUAUAAUAAAUUGCCUCGUAAAACUCCAAUUUCGCUCUCUGAAAAUAAUGAAGCAUCAUUUGUGGUCUUUAACUCCCUUACUCAAAAACGAAUAGACAUUUUGAACAUACGAACUACAAACCCAAAUUUGAAAAUACUCAAUGAAGAAAACGUUCCAGUGCCAAUGCAAGUGAAUCCGGUUUGGAACAUCACUGAUAAUUAUGAGAAUCCUAAUUCCAUGCACUCUGAGCGAAUAAGAAUAUCGGCAAAGCAAUUUGAAAUUCAGUUUUUAGUUACACUAGAACCCCUUUCAUUGACAACGUUUAAGAUUGUUCCUGAUGAUAAUUACAAAAAGCAAAUGGCAACUAUAUACUGUGAGGAAUGCAAUGAUGGUAAUGGAAGUAGCGAGUUCGAUGUUAAAGCAAAGCCAUCUGGUGAUGUCCAAUUAGAAAAUAAUAAAAUGCGACUUUUAUUCAAUGAGAAGUCCGGUUUUUUGAAAACGGUCACAAAAAAGAAGUCCGGUCGAGCUAUGCAAUGUGCUGUUAAAUUUGCUGCAUAUAGAAGUGCCCAAUUUCAUUCAGGAGCGUAUCUUUUCAAAACGGAUCCUGAGCAAAAUGAAGCUGAAAAGGAUGUCCUUGAGCAGUAUGAAGAUGUUCGAAUAAUUAUUACAUCUGGGCCAAUUACUAGCGAUGUAACUGUGAUAUACGGACCCUUCUUGGCCCAUACUAUGAGAAUUUUCAAUACCAACACUUACAUAGACAACGCCAUUUACAUUGAAAAUGAUAUUGAUUUUGAACCACCACCAAAAAAUAGAGAAACCGAACUUUUUAUGCGAUUUCUUACAGACAUCGAAAAUGGCGGUGAAAUACCAGAAUUUUAUUCAGAUCAAAAUGGAUUUCAGUUUCAUAAACGUGUAAAAAUUUCAGCGAUCGGAAUUGAAGGAAAUUAUUUUCCAAUAACAUCAGGAGCUUUUAUUCAGGAUAAUAACGUACGGCUAACCUUGCUAACAACUCAUGCACAAGGAGCAGCUAGUUAUGAACCUGGACAAAUUGAGGUUAUGCUGGACCGUCGAACACUUUACGACGACUACCGUGGUAUGGGAGAAGGAAUUGUAGAUAGUAGGCUGACUAGGCACAAAUUUUGGCUACUCAUAGAAGACGUAGCUUCUGAAAUUAAAAAAAAGUAUGAAGUUCUAAGUACAACAUCGAAUUAUUUAGCGAAUGGUCUGCGCUAUCCACCGAAUAUAUAUUUUGUUGAAAAUCUUGAAAUACGAGCACCAGAGAAUUUACGAAGUAAGGUCUCCCUAAUUUCAUAUUCAUUACCUUGUGAUUUGCAUUUAAUAAACUUGAGAACGCAAUCGGAUGAACAAUUGGAAUUAUUCCCCACGAGGUCAACUUUAAUGAUAUUACAUCGGCAAGGAUAUGAUUGCAACAUUGGAAACCAAGAAAAUCUUGUCCCCUGUGAUGAUUUACUCGAAACAACUGAUACAUUAUCCCCAAUAACAUUUAAUAAGUUAAGUAUUGAAUCAAUUGAAAGUACCUCACUGACUGGAGUGCAUAGUAAAAGUAAGUUAAGGUCUUUUUCCAAUAUAAGUAUAGAUCCAAUGGACAUUAAGACAUUUAUUUUGACAUUCAGUGGUUAAAAAAACACUAUUUUGGAGUCUGAUGUGCUAUACAAAUCUUGUAGUAAAAAAUUAAAAUAUUAAACACAUUGUCUACACUUUUCUUUGACUAAGCGACAUUUUAUUGAAGUAUUAAAUUCGGUGGAUUUCUCUUUGAAAAUAGGCAUUAAUUUGGUCUUGUGAAAAAUUACUUUUUGUAAGAAUCUAAAGCUAACUAACAUAGCUUAAAAGUUUUUGAAAAGCCCUUUAUUUAAUCAGCUUUCAUCUUUUGAUAUUUAGGGCUAUUACUAUAGAAAUAGUUAGCAUUUUUAGUCGUAUCGUAUUUCACCAAGCAAUUGUUAUGUCUUAUUGCAGAAGCAAAACACAUUGAUGACACAAUAGUAAAACUAGUGUUGACACAAUCCCAGGUUUAUGCAUUGGUCGUCGAUCUUUGGGAUUAUGCAUUCUUAAAACGACAUCAGUCCGUACAGACCUUUGUCUUAAAUUUCUUAAAAAUUUAAGCUAUCACCAACAUGAUCGUAUCUUCUUCUUCUUUGGUGUGAUUUUUAGCUGGAUUCCUCAACGUGCCAGUUGUCUACCGAGAUAUUUUAAUUUAACACCUUGGUACUCAUUUAUUAGGGGCAAAGUAAAAUGAAAGAUUUUCAUAUAGAAAUGGACCAUUCGAUUUGUCGCCACGUUGGUGCGAUUUAAUAUUUCUAGAUUAUUUUCUUUGGGUCUACGUUGGGCCAUUAGUUUAUGCAAACAAGCCGACGAUGACGCAAGAAGAGCUCUAUUGCGGCAAACGUGCCCGUGGUGGCCAUAUCAACAAAGUCGACUUCACUAUAAAAUUGAGUUAAGACGAUAAUAAUGUUUUUAAAAUAUUUCAAUUGGUUUCCUUUAUAUUUCAAAAAAAAAGUUGUAUAGUCAUUGCUUUUCAAACAAUUCAAGACCUCAAAGACUCACAGACAAAAAUGUAUGAUGAAAAAUGUUGUCCUAACUUGAACUGAAAUUCAAGGACCUAACUUUCGUUUUGGAAGUUAAAUUUUACGAAAAUAUAUAUUUAUUAAUUUGUACUCCAUGAAAGGAAUGAAGUUCGUCACUCCCAUCGCAUUCACAACUAUAUAAUAUAGGUAUGGUAAAAAAGGCUCAACACAUAAUACAAUCCCAAAGCUUGGUGUUUCAUCUAUGUAUUACCUAGUGAACUCGAACAAAUGUCUAAAGUAAUACAUGGAAACUAAAUGCAUUCAACAUUGCCAAAACUAAAAAUCCGUAAUUGAUUGCAAGAAAUAGGGAAAUCACUUAUUCUGCAUAAACGUUUAAGAAUGAGACUUCUCCAAGCGUUCUAAUUAUUUGGAUGAAUAUUCAGAUGAACUAAUGAAUGAUGAUUUAAGAUCAGUAUUACUUGAUAUGUAUGAUAAUAAAUUUUGUAUAAAUGAACAUUUCUAUAAAUAAUGUAAUAAUAUUACAAAUCUUUUUUUUUUUAAUUACAUCCUUAAAUUGCUCAUUAAGCUGAUAUAGUUUUGUAUGUGGACAAGUAUCUAUUUUCCCUGCAUUUAACAAAUAAUUUUUAACACAAAGAAACUUUUUUUUAUAUAAUAUAAGAACAUAUAGCUUAAAUCUAUGAAAAUGACACUAUAACAUUCGUCCAUGUCUAAAGGGAUAGCGACUACCAUUAAGAUCCUUGUUACCAGUUCCUUAUUUUAGUUAGUCAAAUUAUAAUCAAACCUUCUAAUACAUUUUAAAGGGGUAAAUUUGCAUAUUCAUGCCUUGGCAUUUAGCAUGUAUAUUUGUGAUAUUUUUUAAACUUCCAUUUUCAUUUUAAGUCUUCAUUUAGAGAAUAAAUGUUUAUUUGAUAUACAAUACUCAAACAACAAAAGACAGUUUACCAAUCGAAUAAAUAUGAUUUAACAUUUCCUUUAUUAUAAUAUUUAUUAUUAUUGAGAGCAGGAGGUAUUUUAUCAAAAUCGAAUCCAAUACAAAUACAAAAAAUUUAAUUCUCACUGAAAUUGCAAAUUUAAUAAAACCCUUACUAUUUGAAAUAAUUUGUAUAGCUCAAAAUUGCUCAGACUCCUCUGCAGACACUAAACUUCUGAAUGUCAAAUCUAAAAUAAGUCUAAUACAAAAUUGGUUUCCUGCGACCACUUCAGUGCCCCUCCUGCAACUAAAGUUCUACCUGCCACCAAAAAAAAAUAUCUUUUGAUUGAAAUUAAAAUUAAAAUACAUAGUUACAAAAUAUUUAUGUUUCUUUAAUUUAGUAAAUGAAGUAUUAUUUGGUUCAAGAAAUAUUUUUAGUAUUUUUUGCUCACUGAUGUGAUCUAAAUAUUUAUAUUUGUAUUACUUAGCUUAUUAUUAGUUAUAAAAACCAUACGAAAAUCUUUCUUAAAUAUUAUUAAACUUACAGCAGUGGUUCAAUACAAACUAAAACUGUAAACACAUAGAUAAUUAAAUUGAAGUUAAUUACUGAGAAUAUAAAACAAGGUAGAACGUAAUUAAAAAAAAUAUUAUAAAUUCAUCUUACUUAUUUAUAAAAAAUAAAAUUCAAGACUGGAUCGUA